AUGGCUUCCUAUGGUAGUUUAGACACAAGACAAGGCAUAGAAGCUGAAAACUCUGAAAAUGAAAGGGGGUGGAGAGAAAGCUUGGGUGAAAAAUUGGAGAAUGAAAAGUUUCAUCUCACAGUGUUGGGUCUCGUUUUGAUUGACGCAACUUGUGUUAUCAUUCAAAUCAUAUAUACAUUCUUCCAUGAGUGUCAAGUACCUGUGGUGCUGUAUGCUGGAUCACACAAAGCCAGUUACCUGCUUAUUGCUUUUGAAAUGGCUGAAGUGAUUAGUAUCACAAUUUGUUUCCUAUUUCUGGUGGAAUGUUUGCUGUCCCUGAUUGCCUUUGGACCUAAAUACUACUUGCCUGGUUGGCCACACUGGAAGCUACAUGUUUUUGAUGCUGCUGUUGUUGCGACGACAUUGGUGUUGGAAGUGGGAUUGAAAGGAAAAGAGAGAGAGAUAGCAGGUCUUUUGAUUAUCCUUCGUUUAUGGAGAGUAGUCAAGAUCAUUGAAGCAGCUAUCCUGAGCGUCAGCUUUGCGCAUCAAGAGGAAUUGGAGGCUUUAAGAGCUAGUUAUGCAGAAUUAGAGGCGAAAUACAAGCAGGAAGUAGAAAAGAAUCAACAACUCUUGGAGGGACAACGAUAA